AUGGAUUAUUCACAUGAACGACGACAUCGACAUCGACGACGUUAUCAUUCACCAUCAUCAUCUUCUUUUGAUAUUAGCUCAUCGAGAGAUGAUGACGAUAUUGAACAAGAAAUUAUUGAUCGAGCUAUAGAAAUUGAACGAAGUCGAGAAAAAAGUUUACGUCGUCAAUUUGAAUAUAUUGUUGAUAAUAUUAAAAAAUUAGAAAGACGUCGUUAUUAUCAUCAUCGAACACGAUCACCAACAUAUCAUGAAAGAUUCACUAGUCCUUCUCGUCAUCGAACGUCUGAUUCUCAUUCUUAUCGAAAUUCUUCAACAGAACCAUUUCAUCAAACAAAUGAUUCAAGUUAUUCAGAAGCAAGAACUCGAUCACCAUUAAAAUUAAACAAAUUAAUCUCAUGUCCAAUAACAAUGAUUUAUCAAGGCAUUGGAAGUGAAAGACAUGGUGAUGAAAUAAUGGUUUUACAAGAAAAUAUUAUUGUUUUCAAAGGAUUCCUUCGACCAAAAGAACCAUUUACAUUCAAAUUUAAACGACAUCAUCGUCAAUUAAUAGUUAAAUUAGAAUUUUUUAUUAAUGAACUUUUUGAAUGUCGUUUAUCGAUUGAUUGUGAACGUGAACAAUUAAAUGAAGAAAAUGAUCUUUUUCAAUUACAACAUAUGAAUACAUUUAAAACAAAUGAUAGACGUCAAACUGAUAAUGAACAACAAAGAACUACUAAAAUAGAUAAAUCAACUUCUGUUGCUUAUUCCCGACGACAUCGUCAUAAUCAUACAUCAAAUUCAUCAAUAAUCAAUGAAGAGAAAAGAUCAACAUUAGAUAAUCAACGAUCUCAUCAGAAAUCUGUACCAGAUGAUCGAAGAAGACCAACAAGGGAAAAUUCAUCUGUGAAACAACGAUCUCAUCGUAGUCCUAGUCCAUCUAAAUUAUCAUCAAGAAAACAAAAUGAAUCGAAACCACAACAACAACAAUUAAUAAAUAAAAAUGACAAAUCGAAAUCAGAUUCUAUUGAAACUAAAUCGACAAAAUCAAAAACAAUAUCUAAUAAUGAAGAGAAACCAAUUCUUCGUCCAUUAAACAGUUCAGAUAAUGAAGAUAAAAUAUUAGUAAGAAAACAAAAUUAUGGUCCACCUCAAGUAUCGACAUUUACACGUUCUGAUUCGGAAUCUGUUUCAGAAGAAUUAUUAACUACUACUGUUCAACAAAAUAAUGAAAAAUCUCCAUCGGAAAUAGUUAAACAAACUGAAUCUUCAUCGACAAAAAAAGAUGAUGAUGAUGAUGAAGAAGAAGAAGCAGAAGAAGAAAAUGGUGGUAGUGGAAAUAUGUUAGGUUUUCUUCAACUUUUACAAGCUAUGUCUGGUGGUUCUCUACGUGUUCCAUCAACAAAUGAUGAUGGAGAUGGAAUUCAAGGUUUACUUGCUCGACUUGGAAUUGUUACUCAAACAAAUACUCGAAAAAAAUUAACUCUUACACGUCGACAAAUUGGAAAUGUUGAAGAUUUUCUUCUUGUUUAUUUGGAUUCAUCCGCACCUGAUCAUUCCCUAACAAUUAAACUUCGUGGUCUUAUUAAUUAUUUAAAAAUAUUCGAUGAUGCCGAUGAUUGUAUUGCAUUUAUAAAUACAAUUUCAAAUGAAAAAGUUAUUAUUAUUGUAAGUGAUGUAUUAGGCCAUCCAGUUGUAUCACGUAUACAAGAUCUUCAACAAUUAUUUGCUAUUUAUGUCUUAUGUCAAACAGAAGAAGAAGCUGAUAGUUGGUCAACAAAUCAACCAAAAAUUCGUGGAAUUUAUACACAUAUUAGUGAAAUACUUGAACAAAUUAAAAUGGAUAUGGAAAAUGACGAAGAAAAUUCAUUAACAUUUACUCAUAUAUUACCGACAACAAAUAUAAAAGAAGAACCAUUUUUUAUUAUUAAUCAGAUAGUUAAAGAAAUUAUUAUUGAUUCGGAUGAUAUGAAUGAAGCGAAAAAAGAAUUAAUUGAUUUUUGUCAAAAUGAAUAUAAAGAUAAUGAAGAACAAUUAAUUUCUAUUGAACAAUUCCAAGAUAAAUAUCAAAAAGAAAAUGUUCUAGAAUUUUAUCAAAAACAAUUCUUUUUAUAUAAAAUGUUAAAUAAAGGUUUUCGAAUACCUGAUGUUGAUAUCUUAUUUAAACUUCGUUUAUUUAUACAAAAUCUUCAUAAUUUUAUUCUUUCAUCAUCAAAUGAUGUAUCAAUUAAAACAAUUUAUCGGUUACAAAUUCUUACAAAUGAUGAACUUGAAAUAUUAAAAAAAUGUUCUGAUAAUGGUUAUAUUUCAUUUUCACAUUUCUUUUUUGCAACAACGAAUCGUCCCGAACAAAAUUUAUCAUCAUUUAAAACAAAUAAUAAUGAAUAUGAAGAAAUUCUAUUUGAAAUUGAUGUAACAAAUAGUAAUCAUUAUAUGUCGAUUGAUAAUCAAAUUCUAUUUACAUUUGGUCUUGUAACACGAGUUGCAAAUAUUGAAAAAGAUAAAAAUGGAAAAACAAUUGUACAUUUAACAACAAUUAAUUCAGAUGAUCGUCAAUAUGAAAAUCUAAUUGAACCAAUAAGAAAAGAAACACGAGCUCCUCAUCCAUCAUUACGUAUAGUUAAAUUAUUUAUUGAACUUGAACAAUAUUCACAUGCUGUUCACUUAGGACAAAUUUUAUUAGCUGAUUUAAUAAAUGCGAAAAAAGAUCCACUUUUAGCUUUAGCACGUAUUUAUCAUUCAUUAGGUACGGCAUUAUAUGAAAAAGAAGAAUAUGAUGAUGCAUUAGAAAUUAUUAAAAAAUCUCAUGAACUUUAUUUACGUUUUUUACCUGAUGAUGCAUCACAAUUAUCUCCAACAUGGAAUAAUAUGGGUUCAAUUUAUUUAAGACAAGGUAAUACGGAAUUAGCAUUAGAAUAUCAUCAAAAAGCUUUAUCAAUACAAUUAAAAUCACCAAGUCCAGAUCUUCCAUCUAUAAUAUCAUAUUCCAAUAAUAUUGGUGGAGUUUAUUUAAAAUUAGAACGUUAUGAUGAUGCACUUGUACAUUUUAGACGUGCUCUACAAAUUGAAGAACAGACAUUACCAACAAAUCAUCCAGAAUUAGCUGGAUCAUAUCAUCGUAUUGGUGGAGUUUAUUUUCGUCAGAAUAAUUAUGAAAAAGCACUUGAAUAUUAUAAUAAAACAUUAGAUAUUGAACUUGCUGUUUUACCUGAUAAUCAUCCAACUGUUGCUGUUACAUAUCAUAAUCGUGGUACUGCAUUUGAAGGUUUAGGAAGAUUAGAAGAAGCAGUUGAAAGUGCAGAAAAAGCUGUUGAACGUUUACUUAAAACAUUACAGAAAAAUCAUCCACAAGUACAAAUGAAUCAAGCUUAUGUUGAUAGACUUAAACAGAAAUUAUGGGUGAAACAACUUUUUAGUUCUUAA